AUGCCUCUGAAGCGAGGGCGCUCGGCGCUUGAUGCAGCAUCCCAGAUACCGUCCGCAUCUUCCUCUUCAUCCGCCAACGGCAGCAGCUUAGGCUCAGCUUCCGCCAAUACCUCGCAGUCCGAAAUCAAGCCAGCAGGCUUCCUCAAGAGGAGCCUCAACGGACUCGUCUCCGCACUAUCGCCCUCCAACAAGCGACCAAAGACCAACGCAGACCCAGAGUCGCACGGUCACCUUCUGUUGACGUCGUCCAUCAUGCCGUCAAAUUCAUCGUCGCCUACGCCUCCCGAGCGCCAACUGCUCACUUCUACUCCAACCAAACUUGCUUCGGCGGCAGCGGCAGCUGACACCACAGAUACACCCUCCUCGCUUCAAUCGCACGAAGUCGCCAUCCGCGAUCCACUUGGCCGCACGUUUAAAGUUCCGUCCCCUUCCACAUCGUCUGCUGUCAUCACAGAUACCCGCAGCUCAUCAGAGGAAGCUGCAGAAGUCCCCCUUCAGCAAAACACCUCUCCACCCUCUAGCCCUAGCUUGCCAGUCGAGCCCUUCGAGCCUAGCCAUGAUGCGGAAUCAAUAUCAACAACUGCCGCUGAGUCGGUCCAAGCCGAAACAUCAACGGCAAACUCGAUCGCAACAAGGGCCGAAGCAACGAUCCCCACCGAUGAAGAUGUAGAGCACAUCCAGGCCAUCGCAGAUGCAAAGGUCGGAGAGCACAUCGAAGGCUUGAUAGAUUGGAACGGACAUCUCAGCAUGGACGAGCCACAGCCAUCGAGCGCUAGUGACUUUGACAUCGAUCAAGUCACCACCGACGCGUCAAAACCGGACGACAAGACUGCUUCUUUGCACCGUCCUGCUGACGACAUUGUCGAUUUGGUCUCCGACUCGGAAGAAAGCGGUUCGGACAAAGAAGACCCGGACAAAGAGAAUGAUAUGUCCCUGGCCAGCGCUACACCACGCCUGGAUUCCAACUCGGGUCUGGAGCCCCUGGCAUCUCAAGACGCCCUUGCAAAGCCAUCUCGCUCCUCUCAAUCGAGAUAUUCUCUGGCCGGCCCGAUGGCCCACAAGUCCUUGUAUAAAUACCGCCAAGAUCGCCAAAGCACAUCUGGGGCCGAUUCAUCAUUCAUGUCGAACAGCCUUGAAGCAGCCGACACAACUGCGACAGAGAUGGUCAACAGCAUCGGCCGUCAGACUCGCUUCGUUCAGCCUGGCCGUCGAAGCAUACAGCACGGCUCAACUCCUCUUCGACCCGAACGACCAUCUGCGCCUGACCGCUCCGCGUCCUUCAGCAGCAAUGUAUCAAACUUCUCAGCCACGACACCCGCACGCGUAUCACACGACUCUUUAUAUCGCAAACGGAAUCCCAUCUACAGCAAAAAGCACCUCCAGCAAGUCUCUACUCACAAUAGGCAAAGCAUGAAGCGCGCUAUCGAGCAGGCCCUCACGCGCAUGCGUCGCCUCAGGCUGUCGGGCCGCAAAAUCGAUCCCAGUCAGAAGCUCGAGCUAGCUGCAAAAACCUUCAAGGUGCACCAGCUUGUUGCUGAAGAUAACGUCAACGAUGCCAGGGGCGAUUUGCUGAAGGCCUUAGCACAGAGGUAUGAGUAUAUGCGACAAAAGCAGCGCGAUGCCGAGACCGCCAUCUUGCCCCUCCCGCAGGUCAAAUUGCUCGAGAGAGAGAGGCUUAGGAGGGAGGAGAAGGCGAAGUGGCGCAAACUCAGACGCAUCCUUGGCAGAAAGGAGCUUCCGGAUACUUUGGGUGUUGAGGAAGAGCAGGCGGUUACUUCGGUCUUCAGCAAACGCGGCGUCAUCUCCGAGAUCACGGGCGCAGCCGUAUCGGACGCGGACGUGCAAAAGCUACGUCCAAGACAGUGGUUGAACGACGAGGUGAUCAACUUUUACGGUGCGCUCAUCCUCAUUCGUGCCAACGAGGCGGACAAGAAGCGUACCCAAGCGAUUGCUGCUGCAAAAGACGCACCAGCGGAAGCUGACGGCAAGCCGAACGGCAAGGGCGGUAAAGGCAAACCUAAACGACCCUACGACGAGUCGCUGGAUGCGUUCUGGCGGGUGCACUACUUUUCGUCCUUUUUCUGGUCCAACCUCAAGAGCAAAGGGUUCGACGGUGUAAAACGCUGGACGCGUCGCAUCGACAUCUUCUCCAAAGACCUCAUCCUGUUCCCCAUCAACCUCGGCAACGCACACUGGGUCUGCGGUGUCAUCAACAUGCGCAAGCACCGUUUCGAGUACUACGACUCGAUGGGUGCGCACAACCAGGCCGCCUUCAACCUCAUGCGCACCUAUCUGACUGAAGAGGCGCGCGACAAGAAGAAGAAGGAGAUCGAUCUGCGAGGCUGGAAGGACGUGUUCAGCGACGACAGUCCGCAGCAGGAGAACAGCUACGAUUGCGGCGUGUUUGCUGCUCAGACGUUGGAGCAGGUUAGUAGGCGCGAUCCGCACACGCCAAUUCCGCUCGAGGCGCCGAGGGUGACGUGGAAGGGCGAGAGCCUGGAUGAGGGCGCGGGCAAGUUGAGCAUCGGCGGUGCGGGAGGUGACGAUAGUGACGAUGAGGGGGAGGAGUACGAGUGGAACUUUGGUCAGCAGAAUAUGCCGUAUUUGCGCAGGAGGAUGGCGUACGAGAUCUACUCGAAGCACCUGCUUGAUUAG